AUGUUGAUCGAACCUUCUUCCGUGCAUCAGCAUGUUGCGAUAGCGUGCUACCCCACCAACUCGUUCGUUUCUCCCGCUUUCAAGCCGCUUCCGCUGCCCCCAUCCAGCUCGACCUUCCAUGCGCCGGCUGCUCAGCCCUCUUACGGCACGUGCAUUCAACAACAAGCUCAGAAACCACAGGCCUCGCGAGUGUCGACAACCAGAGAUGCGCCUCAACGCCCGGCACGUGUCGAACGAUUCCUGCACAAGAUGAUGAGGUCAGUGCGCAAUACUAUCACGCAGCUGUACUCGCGGCGGCUAAGGCCGUGAGAACGCUCAAACUCCGCCCACGAGUCCCAAGUCGUUUCCAGCCAGCGAAGCUUCGCAAGGGGUCCGAGCUCAGUUCUUUUCUGUCUGACUCUGACUUUGGAAUUUCGGCUUGGUCCAGGUUGCUUCGACAGCCCGACGACGAUGGGUUCGAUAUUCGCCCAUACAUCCAUUGGGACUCAACAGGAAGGUAAUUUUCGUUGAAAUUCUUAUGGCUCUCGUAAGAGAUACCUUGGCUCCGCUCCUCGUGUCCGCUGAACCGCCCAGGGAAGCGCCAUUUCCCGAGGGAUCUCUUGAGGACCUCCUUUCCCUCGGCGCCGCGGAGUGAUCAGCGCUUUUCCCUCCGCGCAGCGUGACGCGUCGGGGUAGGGCACGCGGCUGGCACCGGUCGUCGGCUGACCGAGGCGUUCUCGAUGGUUCAUAGUGUCUUGGUGGUCCCCGACGAGCAAGCCCUUGCAAGCAAUGUCUGUCGUCAACUUUUUUCUCAAAGCAACGUCUCGUCCUUUGUACGUCAUCCCCUAGACCCCUAUGAUUAUCCUCCUGAACGGACCGAGUACGAGACCUGAGCCGAUACUCGGCACAUCGUUUAGUCGUGCCUAUGGGGCGGGCUUGCUGAUUUAUAAGUUUGUGGCCAUAGGACAAACAACUCAAUAACUGGGGUUUCCUCCGGUACAAGCCGUCCCCUUUCGAUCCGCGUGACACGUCAGAAUUCGAAAGGCUCGGUCCACGGUCUCGACUCUGGCAACACCAGUCUUUGACUCGAGACUCCACGGUCGAAGAGGUUUUUGCCGUCAAGCGUAAAGAGGAUGGGAUGUACAAGCGCCGAUUGAUGGGUUCGCGCUCGUGGUCGACCGGUAGCGACAUCGCCGCCGGCCGAAAUAACGUUGCACCGGUCGCCACUGCGGGAACGUACCCUCGCCGCUCGACUCGAACUCGCAAUCGCCCUUUGAACAUGCGAUUGCUCUGCACUAGUGACGAAGAUUCUAGCUCGGCCGAGGACGCGGGUCGGAACAAGCUCAAAGCUCUCCCGGCUCCGAAGCUAGGUCGAGUUUACUCGGCUCCACCCUGUACCAACAACCACCACGGACGAGGCACACCUUCGACGCUCAGGCGCAGUUCUUUGGACUCGGCCGUUCAUCGCACUUUUCGCAAGGUCUCCUCGUUUGAUUCAUUCGAAUGCCUUUCGUCUCGGUCCCCUACAAGAAGCUCACCCCCUGAACCACAGCUCGGCCGCGUUGCAAGCUCGGCCCCUCCUUCCCACUACACCUCCACGUCGUUCGGCCCGAGCUCAUUCGAGUCGUCUGAAAGGUCACGUUAUCGAUGUAGCCAUAGUAUCACCUACGAUGGCCCACAUCCUAUGCUACCCUUGACCCGUCCCGACGAGCUCCCCCACCUCUCGCCCUGGCGGCGCUCCGGAUCGUCGGCACUGUCUCACUUUUACGACCUGACCGCGAAUGCCACGAUCUUGGCGCCGCAACAGAUCCGAAGAUGCGUGACCCCGACUCGAAGUACCUGGAGCGCCGAUGAUACUCCUGAUCAUCCUGCGGUCCCUUCUACUUUGGAGGAACGUGCGUCACAGGAAAUGGAUGGCUAUUCAGCGGCGGCAUGCUUGGCGAAGCUGCACCUCGGAGCCCAGCAUCACGCAGUAGAACACCUUCACUGUGGCCUGAAGCCGAGUGUCGCGGCAAGGUAG